AUCGUAUAUAAAAGAAGAUAAUUUGAAUAUGCAUUCAAAUGUUUUGUAAAUCAUUUGCAUUUAAAUUUAAAAGACAAGAAAAUGGUUGCUUGUAAAAAAUUCGCUUUCUUUUUGAUUUGGUUUAUCAUUAACCAGUUCAUUGAAAAUGUAGAGAACGGCACCAUUUUGCCGACGUGUCGUCGAUCAAAUAACAAUGUCAAUAUAGACCCAAUAAAUUGGGGACCGUUUCCAGAUUCGUAUGAUUCUUCUGACUUUCGUUCAUCUGACGAUGAGCCAGAAGUUGAACAACCGAAUCAAGUGGAAAUUGAUAUCUCAGAUUCAGCACCCUCGGCAUCGUCAAAUUCAACAUUGUCGCCAAAUUUGCCGACAUCGCCAGAUUCAUCAACUUCACAAAAAAUAGACUCACCAAGGACGCCAAGUUCGCCGAAAAGACCAGAGGCUGGUAGUGUUCAAGAUAAAAUCUGGCGUUUUGAAGCAAAAGCAAAACAAUCACAAGAGCACACACCACAUAAAAAACACGGACAUAAGUAAAUCGACUACGUGAAUGGCCAUAUAUUUCAAAACCAACUCAAUUCUCAGUUAAUUAUUGAUGUGCUGCCAAAUAACAUGUAUUUUCUUGGUUUCUGUGAAUAAAUAAUGUCCAACCCAAAA